GCACGUCCUUAGCCACGCGGUCAUGGCCGCCUCCUCCGCGCGGCCGGCCGUCCUGGCCCUGAGCGGGCUGGUGCUGCUCCUGUUGCUCUGCCUGGGCCCAGGUGGCAUACGUGGAAACAAGCUUCAGCUGAUGCUGCAAAGGCGGAAAGAAUCCGUUCCACCAACGACUGACGUGGCUGUUGAUGAGAACAAAGCCAAGGCGUUCUUGGGCAGCCCGAAACGCCAGAGACGGCAGCUGUGGGACCGGACUCGGCCGGAGGUGCAGCAGUGGUACCAGCAGUUCCUCUACAUGGGCUUCGAUGAAGCAAAAUUUGAAGACGAUGUUGCCUACUGGCUGAACAGAAACCGAAAUGGGCACGAGUAUUAUGGUGAUUACUACCAACGUCACUAUGAUGAAGAUACUGCGAUUGGUCCCCGCGACCCCUACAGCUUCAGGCACGGAGCCAGUGUCAACUAUGAUGACUACUAACCCUUCCUUACCACGCAGCGCACAUAAAAUCAGGAGGGAUUUCUUUAUAUACUGCUGCAUCUCAGAGUGCCUGGUUUCUAGUUUGCUUUGUUUCAGCUGAUCUUUUCUAGCGUCUUCUGUGAUGAAGAAGAGUUAAGCAUAGCAUGAAAAAAAAAUUCCUGUACCUAUUUUGUGCAGGCGCCUAACGUUCCAUUUCAUUUAAAAACAGGAAUAAAGGCGUUUUGUUAAA